AUGACCACCAUCGAUGCCCUCGCUUUCCCUCACAUCCUCGACGCCAUUCUGCAUGGGCUGCACCAGGACGCCCAGCAUCGAACACUGGCGAACUUCCGCCAGACAUGCUCCGCAGUCAAGCUGGUCAUUGACUCAUGUCUCCCUCGGCGCCUGAUACUUGCAGGUUAUCCAACCAACCUGUCUGGUAAACUCCAGGUGAACCUCAGCGUAGCAGCAGAAACACGGUUCUGGGGCGCACUCACCGAACUCUGGCACCGGCCACCCAUAGAUCACGUCGUCGACGUUCACUUCAAUCUGGAGAGUCAUCAGCCUUAUCCCAACUGCCAAGGCGGCGAAAGACUUCCAGUGUUGCGUCUCUUCGAUCAUCGCGGUGCAUUGCCGUCUUUCCCGGCAGAUACGGUCAUCAUCUUCCCCUCGGUCACACACUUCUGUAAGACUGAGCAGCAGACGUACGUCCGGCUUCCUUCAGACUCGGACCGGACUAUUAUCAACAUGCACUCAGACAGUCGCCCGGGGGCCGUUCAGCCUCCAGACUUCCGCUUCGCGUACGACCUCGAGUCCUCCUCGACUAUCAGCCCACGUCCGCUUCAGGCUGUUCUGCAUCGAAAGCAAGAGCUCGUGCUCAUGAUCACUUGCGGGUCCGGCGCGCAAGCCGGCCACUUGCGCCAGUGGACCGCCUCUGUCGUCGAUGCGCUGUACGCCAACCCGCUCCUUACUGUCAUUCUCCUGGUCGACGGCUGGAGCUGGCGCUGGUUUACGGCCGAGGGAGAGGUGGAGGAAUGGUCCUGGCUCCAAGACGUGGCAAACGAGAGGGGGAGACUGGAGCAGGCGUGGCAUUACUACUUCAUGGGUUCCAUAGUCGAGGCGGACGAGGAUGAGGGGUGGCCCGCUGAGUUGUUCCAUGGACGGGUGAAGCUCAUGACAAUGUCUGAGUUCGAUGCGCAAGCUGGGAUGCGCAUGUCUGCGCUGGUCGAAGCGGGGUAG